AUGGCUGUACUUGUGAAUGAUGGGGGGUACGGAGGGACACGCGCAGAGCCCUCGGCCCCUGUCCCUAAGUCCGCGGCAGCGCGCUCUAGGAGCGGCGUGAAGCGUCUGGAGGCCCCUUUCUCCGUCCGCAUCUGGUCCCCACACGCCCCUCUCGGGCGACCGCCCGCCGGCGUCCUGGCUGCUUGGGCCGUGGCUGUCCGGGCGGUAGCCUGGCUGCUCCUCUGGGCGGUGACUGGGCGCACCCGCUGGCCCGCCACGGCCUUCACCGCCCCUUCUGACCCUGGCAUAAGGGCCACUUGUUCUGAAAUUAUUUUGAGGCAAGAAGUUUUGAAAGAUGGAUUCCAUAGAGACCUUUUAAUCAAAGUGAAAUUUGGAGAAAGCAUUGAGGACUUACAGACCUGCCGACUUUUAAUUAAACAGUACAUCCCGACAGGACUUUUUGUGGAUCCAUAUGAGUUGGCUUCAUUACGAGAGAGAAACAUAACAGAGGCAGUGAUGGUUUCAGAAAAUUUCAAUAUAGAAGCUCCUAACUAUUUGUCCAAGGAAGCUGAAGUUCUCAUUUAUGCUAGACAAGAUUCACAGUGCAUUGAUUGUUUCCAAGCCUUUUUGCCUGUGCACUACCGCUAUCAUCGGCCGCAUAGUAAAGAUGGAGAAACCUUUAUCAUAGUCAAUAACCCAGAUUUGUUGAUGUAUUGUGACCAAGAGUUCCCAGUUUUGAAAUGCUGGGCUCAGUCAGAAGUGGCAGCUCCUUGUGCUUUGAAGAAUAGGGAUAUCUGCCAGUGGAACAAUAUGAAGUAUAAAUCAGUAUAUAAGAAUGUGACUCUACAGGUUCCAGUGGGACUGACUAUACAUACCUCUUUAGUAUGUUCUGUAACUCUGCUCAUUACAAUCCUGUGUUCUACUUUGAUUCUUGUAGCUGUUUUCAAAUAUGGCCAUUUUUCCCUGUAAGUUUUAUGCAGUUAAAUGCUUUCUAUAAAUCUAAAUAAGACCUAGUCAUCUGUGACUACAGGUGUUCUUCUAGAAUUUACUUAUUACUUUUGUCUUUUGUCUUCAUUUAUGGCUGAAAUUAUGUUUACCAAAGGAAAUUUUGGAUCAUUCUUAGCUAAUUCCAAAAUUUAGUGCCCUGUUGCGUAGACCCUUGAUAAUCCUCAAGCAUCAAGUGGCAAUAGAGGAAUCUUAAUUCUGUUGAAUUAAUAUAUAUUUUGUGAGAAGUUGAUUUUGUCUUCAUUUGGGAUAAAAAAAUGAGUUCUGUAUUUAGUAGAAACAAA